AUUAAGUGAAUUUAAAGAGCUCAAUGGCCUCGUUGCAUUGAACAAAUGAUUUCAAUUAAAUGAUUGACUUGCAGGAUCGCCCCCAAGACUGAAGCCCGACAACCUACACCUUCCUCUGUGUUGCCAUCAUCAUUGUGCAAGGACUAUGUUGAUGAAGGAGUACCGCAUCUGCAUGCCUCUCACAGUGGAGGAGUACCGGAUUGGCCAGCUCUAUAUGAUCAGUAAACACAGUCAUGAACAGAGUGAACGUGGGGAGGGAGUGGAGGUGGUGCAGAACGAGCCGUAUGAGGACCCUGAGCACGGAUCGGGACAGUUCACUGAGAAACGAAUCUACCUCAACAACAAGCUGCCCAGCUGGGCUAGAGCAGUGGUUCCUAAAAUUUUCUAUGUCACAGAGAGCUGGAACUAUUACCCGUACACGAUCACAGAGUACACAUGCUCCUUCCUGCCCAAGUUUUCCAUCCACAUAGAGACCAAAUACGAGGACAACAAAGGGAGCAAUGAUAAUAUCUUUGGUAGCGAGGCCAGAGAGGAGGAAACAGAGACGUGUUUCGUGGACAUCGUCUACGAUGAGAUCCCCGAGCGCCACUAUAAGGAGUCGGAGGACCUGCGGUAUUUUAAAUCUAAGAAGACUAACCGAGGCCUCCUGCAGGAAGGAUGGAUCGACAACCAGGACCCCAUCAUGUGCUCCUACAAACUGGUCACAGUCAAGUUUGAAGUCUGGGGCCUGCAAACACGUGUGGAGCAGUUUGUACACAAGGUGAUUCGAGAUGUCCUGCUUUUAGGACACAGGCAGGCCUUUGCCUGGGUAGACGAGUGGAUCGACAUGACCAUGGAGGAAGUCCGCGAGUACGAGCGUGCCACACAAGAAGCCACCAAUCUGAAGAUCGGCACCUUCCCGCCUGCCAUAUCCAUCUCAGAGACCCCUCUGCCGCCCAGCACCCGCAGCGGCCCAAACAGCGCCCCCUCCACUCCCCUCUCCACAGAGGCCCCAGAGUUCCUGUCAGUGCCGAAGGAGCGCCCCAGGAAGAAGUCAGCUCCGGAGACCUUAACCCUGCCGGACCCGGGACGCAGAGAUUCACUCUUCAAACUGCCCAGCUUUUUCUCCUGGAACUCCAGUCCGCAGCCCGAAUGAGAGCGAGGCCGCGCCACUGGUGAACGCCCUCGACCCGUGGAUCAGCAGAGGAUGCCUGCCCAGCACAUCCCACAAUGCCCCCUCAGCCAGCUGAAGUGAAGGAGACUUCUCACUGUCCCCCUCAGCAGACUCGCCGGUGUUACAGCAGCCGCUCUCAGACUGCCUUCACAGACACAGGCAGCCUGAUCUCUGUAGCAAAAAGUCCCGCGAGGUGUAACGGUGUAGUGCGUCCCAUUGAGAGUCAAAAAAAGCAGCUGGAGGCUCCUCAUUCUCCUCAGAAAACAGCCAGCGUACGACAAUAUUAGUCAGAUUAAGUGUAGCGUACAUUCCUGUUUUUUUUCCCCACGCCUUGCUUUUCCGUGUUGACAGAUAUGUUGCACAUAAUGUACAUUUUUUUUCUGCUUUACCUUUAAGCAUCGGAGUCUCUAGCUUUGGAGCUUGUGGUUUGACGUAUCUAUUUAUGUGGUUGGGACUUUUUGACAGGUUCUUUUUGGCCACUGUAUCAGUUGAGUAUUCUGGUUUCCACAGUCAGGUGUAAGGUGAUUGUGUAUUCAUGUAUAUACUGUAUGAAUAUUAUUUAACAGGUGAAGAUAUAAUCAUAUCCAGUGACGCUGCUGCUAUGAAACUGCUCUUGUGUAUUUUAAAGGACAGAACUCUCUCUCCUCUUUAAAUGUUUAUUAUAGUGAAAUCUGUCAACGUCUGUAAAUGACUCGCAUGAUUUGAACUGCAGAGGCUGCUUUUAAAUAUUAAAUGUUUCUUCUCGGCCUCAGACUUGAUGUUGUUUUCACGGGCUGGUUAUGUGGUUUGCAUGUUGUUUUGCUGCAUUAUUCAUUUCAGCUGUAUUUAUUUUUAGUCACACUGUUGAUGGGUUUUGUAUUCAGUAAAUUGAAUUAAAUUAAAUCCUGUUAU